AUGGUGAAAGUUCGGAGCUCUCGCCGCGUCGCGAGCCUGAAACCAAGCGAUUACGAUCAUGAGAUUGGCCUGGUCAACCGUGAUGAGCUGGAUGACGAUUCACACACCGUUCUUGCAUCCGAUGUUGACACUCGUAGGGGCUCAACAACAUCUCAACUGCCAUCACUGGUGGGUGACAGCGGACCAGAAGAUGCGCCAGCCCGGACUGAAGGUAGUCGCGCAAACGAACACAGUCGCCAUGGCCAGCAAAAAGGUGUAGCAGUAGUCGACGUGUCGGACGACAGCGAAAAUCGACUUCGCCCUGAGGACUCUGGUGCCCUGCUGUCGACCCAGCCAUCAAUUGAAGUCCAAUCGGCGACGCCAGACGUGUUCAAUGAUCCCACGCACCGGAUCAUGCCGAAGCGGCCGCAAGCAACUCGGGAAGUUGCUAUUGACAUCCUGUACGAGAAUGAAAGAGGGGCCUUCAUGUGUGGUAUGGCACUAUUUUCGUCCAAGGCGCUCGGCGGACUUGACCCGCCUGCAUGGACCAACACUUAUCAUAAACCGUCGCUCACCAACAUUUACACUGCCGUAGUCCCCGACCCUUCAUGGGAGUGGAUAUGGCCUGAGUGGCGAAUAAACUAUGAAUUGGGUGUGGACGAGGGCGGCUGGGAAUACUCGUUUGCAUUUUCGAAAAAAUUCUCGUGGCAUGAACCAAAGUGGUGGAACUCAUUCGUGAGAAGGAGAGCUUGGAUUCGGAAAAGGGCAAGGAAAAGAUGCGCAGCCUCGGAUUCCCCCGGCAACCUGCUCAACUCGGACUACUUUACUAUUCGACCCGCAUCUUCCCACAGCAGCAAUCGGCGAUCCGCCGCGAGCGUGGCUAGCAGCCGUGCUGCCAGCAAAUCCAGCAUGACACGCACGUCUAUCAAGGAGGUGGAAGCGCCCCAGGAUAUUGAGAAUGUAGAAUCAUUGCUGUCGGCCCUGCGGGCAUCGAGAAUCGACCGUGAGAAGAGAGAGGCUGUCAAGAAUUAUCUUGAACAUGCCAUGGACCUCAGUCAACUCCAGGACGAGAUGCACGAAAUCAUGUCUCUUUUUGUCUUUCAAGCGUCACGGCGACAGCUCCUAUCCCAUUUGAUGCGGAAGUACGAUGAGACGGCACGUAAGCUGGAAGAUGGCGACAGUAAGGACGACAAGAAACUCUUGGAACGGAAGAGAGCGCUCGAGGCCGCCGUUAAACAUGCGGACGAGGAGGUUAGCAAACUGGCCUACUGGAGCGACGUUAAACACAUGGCCGAGAGGGGGGAGUUGAUGCCGUCGGUCGAUGAUCAUGGCUGGUAUGAGGCGCAUCCUGGUUUGGAUCGAAGCGGGCCCAGGGCACCGAACAAGGGCAAGUUGCCGGAAUCUGGAGGAUUCCGAUGA